AUGAAAAAUCAUACAAUCAUAACAUUAUUCAUUCUUCGGGGAUUGACAGAUGAUCCACAGCUGAAGGUUCUGCUUUUUAUCUUUCUGCUUCUGACGUACAUGCUAAGUGUAAGUGGGAACCUGACUAUCAUUACCCUCACUUUAGUGGAUCCCCAUCUUAAAACACCUAUGUAUUUUUUCCUAAGGAACUUUUCUUUCUUAGAACUGUCAUUCACAACUGUCUGUAUUCCCAGAUUCCUAUACAACAUGUCAACUGGGGACUAUACUGUGACCUAUAAUGAGUGUGUUACUCAAUUAUUUUUCGGUAUCUUCCUUGGAGCCUCAGAAUUUUUUCUCUUGGCAGCCAUGUCUUAUGACCGCUACGUGGCUAUCUGCAAACCCCUGCACUAUGGAACCAUCAUGAAUAAUAGAGUCUGCAAUCAGCUCCUCCUGAGUUGUUGGUUGUCUGGAUUGAUGAUCAUCAUUCCACCACUUGGUGUGGGUCUUGAAUUAGAAUUCUGUGACUCUAAUGUCAUUGACCAUUUUGUCUGUGAUGCCUCACCAAUGCUAGAGAUCACAUGUUCUGACACAGAAUUCAUAGAAAGAAUGAUUUUAGCCUCUGCUGUGUUGACACUCAUCAUUACCUUAGUUUUAGUGGUUCUAUCUUAUGCCUAUAUUGUCAGGACCAUCCUAAGAUUCCCCUCUGUCCAGCAAAGGAAAAAAGCCUUUUCCACUUGUUCCUCCCAUAUGAUUGUUGUCUCCAUGACUUAUGGAACCUGCAUCUUCAUUUACAUCAAACCUUCUGCAAAAGAAGGAGUGGCUCUGAAUAAAGUGGUUUCGGUACUUGCAACCUCAGUGGCACCAGUGAUGAACCCCUUUAUUUAUACCCUGAGGAAUAAACAAGUAAUUCAAGCUUUUAGAGACACAUUCAAAAGGACUGUAUUGAUUUCCAAGAUAUAA